AUGGUAUUUGAGUACCUGUGUUUGGAAGAUGUCAUUUCAACGAUGUUAACGUGUUCUAGAUUUCACGCAAUAUUGAAAACCUCAAACUCAAUAUGGUCCAAUUUUAAUUAUAUCCACUUUAUAUCAUUAACACAUAAUUUAACAAAUGCCACCCCAAAGAAAAUCGACUACAAAAAUGUAAUUACAAAGUAUAACAAAACAAAAGCCUGGCAACAUUCUCUGCAUUACAAACGUGUUGUCGUUUCUCCGUUUUACUCUUCAAUUAAUUAUAUAAUGUUUAAAGAGAGUGACUGUAUUGUGGUGGGGAGUGAAAGGGGGUAUUUCAGUUGUGUUGUGAUAAAAGACACUGCCAAAACUGAAAGAGAGUGUUUGCCUCUUCAGCCAAUUGCUGGUAUGAAGUGUUCUAAAGACUUCACAAAUGAUUUAUUUGUCUAUUUCCGCUCUGGUGAAAUGAGGAAGUACACAACACAGUCAUUUCAAUAUGAAUCAUUCAAGUACAAAAAUUAUGACAGAGUGGCCUUUUCAAAUAAUUCAGUGGUGGUAGGGCUCGAAAAUAAGACCAACAUUGCAAUGUACGACUUAAACGUGUGUUCUGAAGUUCUCACAUUUUCGCCACAUUCCAUUGAAAUCACAUCAUUGAAAAUGAUUGACAAUAACUUAGUCUUAACUUCCUCUUUGGAUGGGACUUGUGCUGGUUAUGACAAGCGAACAAAUGACGUCGUGUUUCGCACACAGAACCAUUUAUGUGGAGUGACUGCUUUUGAUCACUUUGAUAAUUACAUACUGUCUGGAACAGCAAAAGGAUGUGUCCGGAUGUGGGACAUUCGAGCUGACAACUUUUGUUGUGAUCGUCGCAUCCACAUUGGUCCAAUUAACACGAUAAUGUGUUACAAUAGAAAAUUGGUGACUGGUGGCGUUAACAAGACAGUGAAGUUUUGUCGGUUUGAAAAAGGCUGGUUUGGAAACAUGAAGUGUCUUUAUAACCACAACACACCCAUCGAUUCUUUAAGUCUUAAUGAUGAUAUUCUCUUCUCUGGAUCACAAGAUGGGACUGUAAUAUGUACUAAAUAUGUCGUUCCUUCAGUUUCAUUCAAUUGA